AUGAGUAACAGCUUUGAUAGUACGGAGUCGGUGAUUGUCUCUGAGCAUCUUCCAAAGAAGCAUGAUGUGAGUAAUUUAGCUGUGAUUAUGGAUAAAAGAAGAGAAAUUAAGACUAACACAGAAAUGGAAGGUCCAUGCAAAGAGACAUCAACAGAAGAUGAAAGAAAGUAUGAUAGGCAUGAAAGCGUUCAGUCAUUGCGGACCAUCUCUGAGCCUACUGCACAGGAGGAUGAUGUACACUUACCUAAGCCUGCAGCUCAGAGAAGAGAAAACGGGGCAAAUGGACGAAUGAAAGUGUUUGGAUUUUUAGCAGAACCAAACUUCUAUGUGUCAUCCAGGGAAGAACAGAACAAGGAUGAUGGCAGUGACACCAGUCCGUCGCUGGUUAAGCAGAGAAGGAAGAGGAGGGCCAGCAACAAGAUGAACACAGCAAAAAAGCCAUCUUACGGCAACACUGCUUCUGCUGCUGCUGCUGAUGAUGAUGAUGAUGAUGAUGAAACAUCAUCAUCUAAUGUUGGUGGUCAUGGUGAGGCUAAUGCAGCCGCUGUAGCUAUUUCCGAUACUAGCGUUAGAAAUGGAUCCAUUCUACAAACGCAUUGUAGGAAGGCUCAUACCAAGCAAUUUCCUGUUACACACAAAAAGCAUGUUGGGCUGAAUAAGAAAACAUCUGAUGAAAAAAAUAAGGCUGUAGAACACAUAGAUGCUAUGAAUGAUGACCAGUUAUCUGAAUCGCUCUCUGAGGAUUAUGAUUUGCCUGAUUAUGACAAUAUAUUGAUGAUUGUUGACCAACUUCAAAUGAACUAUAAAGAUUCUGGAAAACUUUUGGGAAUCCAGGAUGCAGUUCAUUCAUACAAGAUGAUAAUAGAACGUAACCGACGCCACUCAGAAUUGCUUAUAGAAAAAAGUAAGAACCUGAAAAGCCAAGAUAGUACAGUGCCGAAGAAGCCACGAGAAAGAAGAAAAGCGAAAUUGCAGCUCAGAUAUGAAAAUGAAGAGCAGCAAGUAGAUCUCGUUGGUGUGGGUUUGGCUGGAAAACAAGAAGCUCAACAAAGAAAUGCUCAUUAUUUCUAUGCAAAAAUUAAGAAGCAGUUAACUGAAAAAGAAGAGAAACAUAAAAGAGAAAAACAAAGACUCAAAAUGUGCCUUAUAGCACAAGAUAUGGAAUUGAGGCAUCUCAGAAAUGAUAUGAAUAAGUUGCAAGAAGCAUGGCGUCGAGAGACAGAGGCUGAAGACAGCGGCAGCAUGACGAAGGAACACCUGCGAAAGGUUGAAGAGGAAGUUUCCAAGUUAAUAGAAACCAUCAGAAAGCAAUCAGAGACAAUAGAACAGCUCGAGUUAAAACUACCAAGUGAAGAAAAAAAAUUGGCAAGAACUGGCCAUCUGACACAAGCAGGUCAGGAACUUUUAAACAGUUUCAGAGAAAAUUAUAUUACUUCAGUAAUGAGCCAGCUGGAACUCAGAAUUCAACAUCUGGAAAAAGAAAUCUCUGAAAUGAAGAUUCAAACACGUAAUGAUGGAAUGAUGCUGGAAAACUUUAUCAAACUCCAUCAAUCACAUAGACUGAGGGAGACUGAAGCUAAGCUGAAGGAGGUCACGGCCCAGUUUGUCAUGCUGAUUCAGCACAACUCGUCAUUACUGAACAUACUGAGCUCCCAACUUGCCUCUCAGAGUUCCUGCUUCGCAAAUUUUCACACGAGUUCGGGAAACCUCUUUACCCAAGAGAACGUGGUGGCUCCUGCUCCAGGGCCACAAUCCUCAAAUCAUUGCAUAGCAACCAGCCUGGGUGUGCCUGCAGACGACGGUGAAGAUUUCAAUAAAGCCCUCGCCAAGUUAGUUCCGUCUGCGCAGUCCCAGCUGGAUCAAACCAAGAAGAAACAUGUGGAAUUAGCUAAAGAGAAAGCUCCAAGUAACAAAUGUUUUAAACCGACAAAACCAUCAACUGUGCAUGACAAUGACAAUGGAGAACGUAGUUUCUCUGAAGUUCUGAACACCAAACAAUUUGAAAUGGAUAUUCCCUUUGAUAUACCACAACAUGAGUUAAGAGCAGAAAAUGGAGAGACUUUUGAUAAUACACUAGGAGGGCAAAAUGCCUCAUUCAUAAAUCCAUGGGAAUUCUCAUUCAGAAAUCUGCAACCUGAACAGCCAGAAGAACAAGCCUAUCAAGCCUCCUGUAAAGCUGAACCCAAACCAUACAAGGAGCCCUGUCUAGAAAGGGAAGAAAAGACGAAUUCCUCAUCUCAUAAACAGCUAAAGUCCAAGGAGGGGCAAGACAAGUCCCCGAGGAGGCCUUUUGAAGAGAUGGAAACGAGCAGAUCUGCACUUGACACGCACACUUUGAGCCCUGUUGCAGGCCUUACUGCUUCGGGGAGCCGCUAUGACAGUUGGGGACACAACAGAAGGAUCACGCAAAGAGAACCCUUGAUCCCAAGCUCCAGGCCCCAGCCCCUCACUGAGAGUGUGGCGAGCUUCCUAAACAGGGUCAGAGAAGAACAUCAGCGAACUGUUGAUGACAUAAUAGGAAACCGUAAUGCCUCAUGCAUAAGGCCACAGGAAUCCGCACCAAGAAACCCGCAACGCAAACACACACAAGAAUUACCUCAUCAAGCAUCAAAUGAAGCUGAACCGAAACGAUAUGAGGACCCCUAUCUGGAAAGGGUAGAAGCGACAAAGUCGUUAGCUUAUCAACAAUUAAUGUCUAAGGUCAGGCAAGAUGAAGCCAUGAGGAAGAACUUUGAGAAAAUGGAGCCUUAUGGUUCUGUCCCAAACACAGGGGCGACAAGCCCUGCCCCGAGGUUUGCUACAGAACGCCUCUGCAACGGUGUGGGACACAGCGGAGGCAUCGCUCAAAGAGAACCCGCCGUGAUGCCAAGCUCGAGGCCGUGGCACUUCGUGGAAAGCCUGGAUAACUACCUCUGCAGGGAUCAGCUUGUGAUUGAAAGCACCAGGUUUCACAGAGUGCAGGAGGGCUCUGAGAAGCCAGAGAGAGGAGCAGGAAGAUGCAGCAGGAGUAAGCAUGACUUUAAGGGACCCACGGAGAAAGGAGGUGCUGCCAUCUGCUCACUCAUCACGUGUGGUCCUGAAGACUGCCUCGUGGAGACCUUUGAAGAAUCCAAGCUCCUAAAAAGGACUAACAUCGGGAAAAGUAAUCAUUUUGGUUUAAGGUCUCCUUGCAGGGCUCAUGAAGAGGAGGGUGUAUUCCGAGAAGUGAUGGCACGGUUGGAAGGCCUGUCCUCAUUCUUAGCAUUGGAAUACUUGCGGAAACCAGACUUUCUACAAGAGGCAGCAGCUGUGAUUCUCAGCCUCCUGCAGGCCUAA